UGCCAGUGAGUCGCUUGCAUCAAAGAUUGUGAACUCUGUGCGGCUUGCAUCGUGCUAUACCUCUGUGGCUUGCAAAGCUAUUAGCUAGUAACAGAGGACAUACAAAAAGAUCCGGGAAAGGGGUGUCGUCUGAAAGCUGGAAACUGUGAAAGAAACAACUGAAGGUCACCUCAGAGAGUGUUGUACAUCCAAGUGGGUAUUUUGUGAGGAGCAUCGCUGAGAGACCAGAGGGGCUGAGAUCAGAGGAAGUGCCACCACAACGCCAUAAUGUACAAGGACUACAGAUCAGGACGAGCAGCAGGACUGAACCCGCUGUCCUUUGACCCGUCCUCCAACAACGAACCCUUGCAGUUCAGCAACUCAAACGUGCCGCUGGUGUCAGACUGUUCCCUGGAGAACGGAGCUGAGAAGAGCAUUAAGAGGAAGAGACCCAGCCUGCCUCCAGAAGGGAUUCGUAACAUGUCCAUGGACUCCAACCCCAUGCCGAUGCCCAUGUCAGACCCCAAUGCCUGGGCCACCGCCAUGAACAACCUUGGCAUGGCUCCCAUGAACAUGACGGGACAGCCCCUUAUGUCAGGUGCUUGUAAGGACACAGAUGACAGACAGGUAGGAUUCCAGUUGAGGUGGAAUUCAGACCAAGAUUUCGACUCGGGCCUUGGCAUGAUGACAGGCAUGAACCCUAUGAUGCCCGGCCUUGGUUACGUGCCCCCACCGCCCCUGCCCCAUGAUCUACCCAUCAUUAAGGAGAUCAUUCACUACCAGAGCUGCACCCUCUUCCCCCCAAACCCAAACCUUCCCUUUCCGGCCAUGAGGGAUCGCCCUCCCGGCUGUAAGACUGUGUUUGUGGGUGGUCUGCCAGAGAAUGCCACUGAGGCACUCAUCGUGGAGGUAUUUGGCCAGUUGGGUGAGAUCAUCGCAAUCCGCAAGAGCAAGAAGAACUUCUGCCAUAUCCGAUUUGCCGAAGAGUUCACUGUGGACAGAGCCCUCUUCCUGUCUGGCUACCGUAUGCGUCUGGGCUCCAGUACAGACAAGAAGGACACAGGGCGGCUCCAUGUGGACUUUGCCCAGGCCAGAGACGACUUGUAUGAGUGGGAGUGUCGUCAGCGCCUGUAUGCCAGAGAGGAGAGACACCGCAGGAGGAUGGAGGAGGACCGUUUCAGACCCCCUUCCCCUCCACCCAUCGUCCAUUACACAGACCACGAGUGUAGCCUGCUGGGGGACAAGAUCAAAGAUGAGGCAGCGUUUGCGGAGGCGGUGCACGUGCUGCUGACCUGGGUGGAACGCGGUGAGGUGAACCGUCGUAACGCAAACAACUUCUACUCCAUGAUCCAGUCGUCCAACAGCCACAUCCGCCAGCUGAUGAGUCAGAAGGCCGCCCACGAGAAGGAGUUGGAGGUGGCCAAGGACAAGUUCAAGACCGCCCUGUCUGGCAUCCUGGCACAAUUUGAGCAGAUUGUGUCUGUAUUCCACGCUGCUUCCAAACAAAAGGCAUGGGACCAUUUCUCCAAAGCUCAACGCAAGAACCUGGACAUGUGGCGCAAGCAAGCAGAGGAGAUCAGAAACAUGCAAAAUGAAGAGCUGAUGGGGAUCAGACGAGAGGAGGAGAUGGAGAUGUCUGACGAUGACAUGGAGGAUACACACGAUCCUGACGACUCAGGCCCUGUUGCCCAGGUGGAGGCCCUAAAGGAAGAGAAUGACUCUCUGCGCUGUCAGCUGGACGCCUACAGGAACGAGGUGGAGCUGUUGAAGCAGGAGCAGGGCAAAAACCAAGAACACACACCUCCACAACACAGUGAAGAGGACACCAUCAGGCAGCAACAACUAACCUUUCUACAACAGGCACUACAGGGAAUGCAGAAGCAACUGCUGAAGAUGCGUGAAGAAAUGAAACAGAGGGAGGCAGAGUUGGAGAAGAGUGUGGAGGACAAACAGCAGCUGGAGAGCCAAGUACAGAGCCUCAAGGAAGGACUGGAGAGUCUGAAGAAAACACACACACCACAGCUGGAGACCUCACCUCAAGAUGACAGAGGGAGCGAGGAGAGUGCUGAUCAAGUCAAUCUGGAGACCUCACCGCGAGAUGACAGAGGGAGCGAGGAGAGUGCUGAUCAAAUCAAUGAGGCGACAGCAUUAGAAGUGGUUUCCUGCAGUCAGGAGAAGGAGAGUCUGCCCCCAGAGAAGAUUCCCUCCAGUCCUGUUUACUCUGAGAGAGAGGCCUUGCUAGUUGGGAUCAUCUCUACGUUCCUCCAUGUCCACCCGUUUGGAGCCAGCAUCGAAUACAUCUUCUCUUACCUACAGCAGCUGGGCACCAAGAUAAACACCGGACAGGUGGGGGCUCUACUGGGUCGGCUGCCCAGUACCUUCAGACAGGAGCUAACAGGGGUGGGUGCCAGCCUGGAGAAACGCUGGAAGUUCUGUGGUUUCGAGGGAAUCAAGACCACAUAGAACAUUAGAGACACAGCGGAUAUCACAGGAGAAACAGCAUAGAGAUCUGACGGUCUUAUGAGGAUAUUGUUUUAUGGGGACCGGCACUGGUCCCUUGGCUGUUGCUCUCCAGUCCCUGUGAUGGUUAAUUGAUCUUGAUUUAGUCAGUUCUUAAGUGCUAGUUAUAAUGUAAACAGUUUGCUGGUCCCUAUCACAAAUAAGGUUGAGAAACAUUGGCAUAGAACUCUUGACUGUAUUAUGAAGACACAGAAGUAAAAACAUAGAACUCAGACUGUCCGUCACAUGAGCGGGUCGGACCGUUCUCAGAUCCUCUAAUUGGUUAACUCUGCUGUCACUCAGCCAGGACUACUACCCAGGGAGGUUAUCAGGGUCUGCUGAACACUGUCAACCUUCAACCCCUCUGGCCUCUCACACUCUUUUCUUUCCUUGUUUGUACAAUUCUAUGAGUAAAAAUGAAUAUAUUUCUUCAUUUUCUGUAAAGGCUGUUGAAGGGAUACUUCUGGGUUUUGGCAACGAAACCCUUUCUCUACAGAGUCAGAUGAACUUGUGGAUACCAUUUUUAUGUCUCUGCGUGCAGUUUGAAGGCAUUUUCUAACUGAUGCUAGCGCAAUGAUUGGAAGGCUAUGGGUAUCUGCUAGGUAGCAUGCUAGCAGAUACCCAUAGCCUUCUAGUCAUUGCGAGGUAGUUUUGUGAGCCAAUGCUAACUUCCUUCAUACUGGACUC